AUGAGCGCUACCAAUCUCCCGUUCUUGCGGUUUCAACAGGAGACUACAUACAAUUUCCGAAUUUUCCGGGAGGAAGGGCGUUUUCCCCACCCUACCACCGCACAGGCGCGUCGGGGAACUGUGAGAUUCCCCAAGCGAGGCCAGUUCCCGGGCCUGAGGGCGAGAUGGCGCAGACGGCGUCAUCGCCUCGACAAAUACCUCCCCCACCCUAACGAACCCAGCAUUGGAUGCGACGAGAACAGGGACGAAGCGAAGCGGGCGCGUAAGCGUCUGCAGCGGUUGCUUAGGCCUCACCACCUCCGCUUGCGGGAAACGCUUGGCUGGGGCGGCAACGGCAUUGCCGGUCUGUACUACCAUACCCGGCAGGACCGCACGCGCGAAUAUUUCGUCGCCAAGUACAGCAUCAGACCCGACCCCUCUUAUACCGAGGCAUUGAUGCAGGAGAAGGACCAACUAGAGAUUUAUCAAGGCGCUCUUCACAUCGUUCAGCUUAAGGAGCCCUCGUUCCCCCUAAGCCCACCGCCGUGUCCGGACACGGAUGUUUCGGAUGGUGACGAGGAGGAGUCAGACAGCGAUAAAAAGUCCGCCAGCCGGGAGAAAUCUGAUAGCCAAAAGAACCCCGAGAAAAAGGGACCGCCGCCCGCCGCCCCGGGUGCUCCCGCCCAGCCACCACCUCCAAAUGACGUCUUGUUCCUCGAAUAUCUCGGCCGCGGCAACCUCCACAAGCUCAUCCUGGCGGUGAAUCGUAACCAAAGCUCCUUCCCAAACCGAGUGCUGUGGCUGAUCUUUCAAUGUCCGUGGAUCUCUGCUCACAACCCGGCGGCUGGAGUGAUCCAAAUGUGCAUUGCCCUCGAGUACCCGCCUGGCUUAGACAUGGGUCUCGACCCACCCAUGGAUAUCGAUGGGACGGUGAACGGAGAAUAUGUCAGCGAACGCAUCUUCGACAACGUAGUACCGGAAGCCGACAACGAGGCAGGAGGAUCAGAGGGCCAUGACGCAGAUGAUAGUGCAGACGACGACUCGGAGGCCGACAACGAGGCAGAAGCAUUAGAGGAUCAUGGCGCAGAUAAUAGUGCAGGCGGCGGCUCGGGUGCCGGGAGCCAGCCCGAGCCAUUCCCUGGCAUGGGCAUGGUCCAUUUCGACAUUGACCCACUGAACAUCUUUGUGGGUAACCUGAACACCGGCCCGGCUCACGACCGCCACGCUCUGGUGCCCGUCUUGAAGCUGGGCGACUUUGGGAGUGCUCAUGAAAUCGAUGACCAAGUUCUCAGUGAUGAGGAGAAAAUAUGGAAGUUACGACGAGCCGGAAAAGUCCAGUACAAAACGCCGGAGCAAUUCACUGAAGAAUGGGAUUGGAUGAUUGGUCGUUUUGAUGAAGCGUCACUGGUCCGGAAAACAGCGGGCAAGUAUGGCUGGCACACCAACCUGUACCAGCUCGCCUUGGUAAUGGCAUGCCUGAUAACACUGCGCUACCCGCUAAACCCGCCGCGGGCGGACCCGAUCACGAUCCGGGACCCGGCCGACCCGAGGCGCGAGAUCGAGGUGAUGUCGUACGGCGCGUACCUGCUGGGGCGGCGGUUCGCGCACGUGGACGCGAAGCUGCGCCGGCUGGUGGCGCAGUGCCUGUGCGACGAGCCGGCGCACCGCCCGCGCCUGGCCACGCUGCAGGCCGCCGUCGCGCGCGAGCUGCAUCCCUCCCGCGUGUGGGAAGGCAGGGACGCCGACGCCGAGGUCGACCAGUGGGUGCGGGGUAAUAUUGCGGCGCCGGCGGCGGGGCCGCCGCAGCCGAGGCAUUGGGUUGAUCGGAAUUGA